CAUAAACCAUGGCAACCAAAGAUGGUCAAUCUAUUCUCCGUGCACAAUACCACAUUAGAAAUAAAGGGAGUUCCAGGUGUCCCGACCACAGAGACAAUGACGUUGUCCUCCUAUGUCAAACAUGCAACGUCCUUAUAUGUACCAGUUGUUCCAUUACAUCUCACAAGUCACACAUAGACAGCUUUCUCGAAAUUUCUAAAAUUAGAAACCAGCACCAAAAUUCACUUCAGGACUUUGUUAAUGAGGCAGAGAAGAUUAAAAUUCCGAAACUAAACGACCAAAUAAUAUCAGCUAGGGAGGAACUUUCUGCAUGUCAACCUAAAUACAAAAACAUUUCGGACAACAUUAAAAAACAGAGAGACGAAUGCAGACUGGAACUAGACAAAAUCAUGGAGGAUAACCUAGCAAUAUGUGACAAGAUGGAGAGAGCGGAAACACACCUCCUUCAUGGUCAUAUCGUAAACCUUGAGGUCCGGUUAGACACUUUAGUGAAACUGUCAUCCGAUUGUAAACAGACCCUUCAGACAGGUAAUGCUGUACUGGUGUAUGACACGGUAGUUGAUAUCAAGGACAGGGACUUCGAUAUCCCACAGACAACAAACACAGACAUGACAGAGUUUACUCCAGGCAAGGACAGACAAAGUCACUUGGAGCAGGCGAUGGGGAAGUGGAAGACUCCUGAACACCUCAAGACAGAAUUAGCAACUAGUGGUUGCUCAAACCAAGGCCCUGUUGUGAUACCAAAACUGUUUGAAUCAAAAGGGAUGCAAAGAGAAAUCCUGUUCAAACUCUGUGACAGUUUAACUGUCAUAUCCAAGUUCUUAUAUCCAUUUAGUAUUACAUCAAUCUGUCCUACAAAUGAAGGCCGCGCAUGGCUGUCUGACUGGGCCACUAAUACAGUAAAACUCAUCAACAACAAAGGACAACUCGUACAGAAGAUACAACACAACAGUGACAUUCAACAGAUCAGUUUGGAUCCCGCUACAGGUCGGAUGUGGUUCUGUUGCACGGAAGAGAAAACUAUCCACGAAUUAUCUACAUCAUCUACACCAGUUACAAGGUUCACUACAAAGGGUUUGCCAUUCAGUCUGUGUGUGAUCAAUGAUGGUCAGAUUGUUGUGGGUGAAUCUGGUGUGAAGGUCUGCAAGUUGGUGAUGUAUACUGCUGACGGCCGGGUGUUACACACAGCCACUGUAGAAGCGUCAGGGUUUGGGCCUGUAUGGUCCAUCACACAGUGUGCUGUUACAGGUAACAUAGCUGUAGCGAGUACUACACAGAUCAGUGGAGAUAGUAGUAAUCCUGAAAGGUCGCAACUGGUUGUGUACAACCCAACACUUCAGCAUUUGUUCCAAUACCGAGGAGAAGGGAUAAAAGAACAAGAGGAGGCGAUUUCACCAGAAAGGUUUGAUCCAGGAAUAGUUGUAUAUGACAGUAAGGGCAAUAUUGUUGUUACUGACAGGACAAGACAUACAAUAGAACUGAUAAGUGGAACAGGGACGUACAUAAAAACCCUUCAUGUAAACAAAGAACAACUUGGGGUAAUAGGAAUACAGAGGGGUAAUGUGUUGUGGACCAACCUAAAAAUCAGGAAGAGGGGAGUCAAACUUUUCAAGUAUUAUUGUGAUUGAGGGAACCUCGAAUAACGGCGAUGAAAACUGAAAUUGAUGGACUUCAAAAACAAAACAAAAUGCCAUUAGGACAUGACCAUGAUUGA